CAUUCCCUGCGUUACCUGGAUGUGAUGGUGUCGGAGCCCAGCCCGGGGAUCCCUCAAUACCUGUCCAUGGGAUACGUGGACGGGAUCCCCUUUGAGCGCUACGACAGCGAUCGGGGCCGGACGGAGCCACAGACACCGUGGAUGGCGGCCGGAGCCGAGCCGGGAUAUUGGGAUAGAGAGACCCAGAUCAAUGAGAGGAACUGGCUCAUUGCUACCACUGACCUGGAGACAGCGAGGGGCCUGUACAACUGGAGUGGGGGUCUCCACACGGUGCAGCGGGUUUGUGGCUGUGACCUCCUGUCCGACGGGAGCGUCCGUGGAUCCUUUCGGCAAGGCUACGAUGGGCAGGAUUUCAUCUCCUUCGAGCUGGGAUCCGGGAGCUUCGUGGCGGCCGAUGGAGCUGCCCAGAUCACCAAGAGGAAAUGGGAACACGAUGGGAUCGUGGCAGAGAGACAGACACAUUACCUAAAGAACGUCUGUCCAGAAUGGCUCCGGAAAUAUGUUGGAUAUGGGCGGGAGGCACUGGAGCGCAAAGAUCCCCCCGAUGUCCACAUGUCCGGGAAAGAGGAACACGGGAUCCUGACGUUGUCCUGC